GGGCUGCUUCCCUGCCGAGUGUUCCUGAAGAAUUUCCAGCAGUACUUCCAGGACAAGACGAGCUGGGAAGUCUUCAGCUACAUGCCCACCAUCCUCUGGCUGAUGGACUGGUCAGACAUGAACUCCACCCUGGACUUGCUCGCUCUUCUCGGACUGGGCAUCUCGUCUUUCGUCCUGAUCACGGGCUGUGCCAACGUGCUUCUCAUGGCUGCCCUGUGGGGCCUUUACAUGUCCCUGGUCAAUGUGGGCCAUGUCUGGGCCUGAUCAAGAUCCGGGGGGACCGGUGCUGGCGAGACCUCACCUGCAUGGACUUCCACUACGAGACCCAGCCGGUGCCCAACCCUGUGGCAUACUACCUACACCACUCACCCUGGUGGUUCCACCGCUUCGAGACACUCAGCAACCACUUCAUCGAGCUCCUGGUGCCCUUCUUCCUCUUCCUCGGCCGGCGGGCCUGCAUCAUCCAUGGGGUACUGCAGAUCCUGUUCCAGGCCAUCCUUAUCAUCAGCGGGAACCUCAGCUUCCUGAACUGGCUGACCAUGGUGCCCAGCCUGGCCUGCUUCGAUGACGCCGCCCUGGGGUUCUUGUUCCCCUCCGGGCCAGGCAGCCUGAAGGACCGAGUUCUGCAGAUGCAGAGUGAAAUCCAAGGCGCAUGGCCCAAGCCCAGAUUCGGCUCUGUGGUGCGGCGUGCAGCCAACUUCUCUCUGGGCGUCCUGCUGGCCUGGCUCAGCGUGCCCGUGGUCCUCAACUUGCUGAGCUCCAGACAGGUCAUGAACACCCAUUUCAACUCUCUUCACAUUGUCAACACUUACGGGGCUUUCGGAAGCAUCACCAAGGAGCGGACGGAGGUGAUCCUGCAGGGCACAGCCAGCCCCAACGCCAGCGCCCCCGACGCCGUGUGGGAGGACUACGAGUUCAAGUGCAAGCCAGGCGACCCCAGCAGACGGCCCUGCCUCAUCUCCCCGUACCACUACCGCCUGGACUGGCUUAUGUGGUUCGCGGCCUUCCAGACCUACGAGCACAAUGACUGGAUCCUCCACCUGGCCGGCAAGCUCCUGGCCAGCGACGCUGAGGCCCUGUCCCUGCUGGCACACAACCCCUUCGCGGGCAGGCCCCCGCCCAGGUGGGUCCGAGGAGAGCACUACAGGUACAAGUUCAGCCGUCCUGGGGGCAGGCACGCCGCCGAGGGCAAGUGGUGGGUGCGGAAGAGGAUCGGAGCCUACUUCCCUCCACUCAGCCUGGAGGAGCUGAGGCCCUACUUCAGGGACCGUGGGUGGCCUCUGCCCCAGCCCCUCUAGAUGUGCACCAGAAAUAAAGGCAAAGACCCAGCCCCUCGGCAGCUCAGCAACAUCUGCCCUUCCCUGUGCCCGGCCCAAGCUCGGCACCGCCAAGAGAGACGUGGAGAGAAGAGCGGUGGGAGCCAGCCCCCAGCGCAGGGGUCCUGGGUGGGGUCUGCUGUCACACACUGUGGUGGCUCCCUGGCCCUGCCCACCUGGGGCCUCACAUCCUGGCCAACCCUUGUCCCAGGCGCCAGCCUUCUCAGGGGGCUCUGAUCUCCCGUCCGUCCCACCCUCCUCCCAGAGGCCCAGCCUGGGGCUGUGCCGCCCACAGGAGUUGAGACGAUGGCCAUCCUGACACCUUCCUCCACUACAGCCCUGACCACAGGUCCAGCCAGGGAGCUCUCGGGGUCCCCAGCAUCCCAGGGGCUGGUUUCUGUUCCCCCCUCAAUGGUGUGUUCCCAGCCAGGUCCUGAUCCUCAGGGCUGAGUCCCCAUCACGUCUGGGGCAGCCGAGCCCUUGCCCCACAGGAAGCUAGACACGCCCGGCCUGGAUGUGGGGUUGGACAGGCCAUUUUCUGUCCUGUCCCUCACCACCCCCGCGACAGCCUACACACAUCCCACACAUGCAGGCAUACAUAGCCCAUGCACACAUGUGUUCUGGGCCCGGUUUCAUCCCCCAGUGACUGGUGUCUGUGAGGUGCAGACGGACACACCACACACCCAGCCCCACCCUCCAGGCUGUGACCGCGCUGCCUCUGAGGCCUUAACAAGGCCCCUCAAUCACAGGACAGCUGCCCGUGCACACUGUCAUCAUCGUCGGACAGCGUCUACUGCAUGUUUUUCUAUUAUUCCUAUUCUUAUGCCAUAUCUAUUACAUAUUUUUCUACUCUUCCUAUUAUACCAUUUACCAGCUUACUCGAAAACAAACUACUUAAAU